UAAGUCUGAGAUUUUACUCAAAUUUCUGAGAAAAAUCUCAAAUCUGAGAAAACUCAAAUAUUUGGAUUUCUCAAAAAAAUCUAAGAUCGGUUUAUAACUCAGCUGAGAUUAAAUCUUGAGAUACCUUCUUAGUAGUCUCAAAUCUUAUCUUACCUCUCAAAUAUGGCGAUCAACAACAGAUCACAACGUCGUCGCCGCCGGCAUCGUCAGCGUAUAGCGUAUAACAGACUCGUGGAUCGCGAAAAUCCAUUAGAAAAUUUGUGUGAAGUAGAGGUGUUUAAGAGGUACCGAUUUAGACCUGAUACAGUUCUUUAUAUCACUGGUUUGCUCGCCCCUUCUCUUACACGCGAAACUCUGAGGAGUUGCGCUCUACCACCCCUUCUUCAAGUCCUCGUAACACUGAGGUUUUUAGCGACUGGUGGGUUUUACUCGCUGAUUUCGGACACCUUUUCCUCUAUUUCCCCACCUUCCAUAUGCAGAGCAGUAAGAGACGUGUGCCGUGGUUUGUGCUGGGUGGCAAGGCAAUUUAUCAACAUGCCGACAGGUCCAAGAAUGGUACAAGUGAAACAAGAAUUUUUUGCCAUUGCAGGUUUCCCAAAUGUUCUGGGAUGUGUUGAUGGGACCUUCAUCAAACUACAAUCACCAUCACAGAAUGAACCAGACUAUGUGAAUAGGAAAGGAUAUCAUUCUCUUAAUGUGCAGGUAUUCUGUGCUUUUAACAUUAGCAUAUUCAUGGAUCAUAUUCGAUUUCACAACACAACACAGUAUGGUAUGAUUUUUGAUAAUGAAAAUGAUCUAGCAAUGCCAACACCUACAUCAAAGAGACGGAAAAAGUAUGGAAGAUGA